AUGCAUACUCGAAGUACUGAAUAAAUAAUAAAUCUGAAAUCCAAACUGCUCAGAACCAUGGACAUAAAAUAGUUAUAAUAAAAAACUAUUUUAUGUGAAUUGCAAAAAUCCUCAAGUUUAUGCAAUACUUAAAAAGCACUUGAAUUCAAAAAAUAAUUAAAUAACUACUAUUAAUAAUAAGGGAAAAACUAAAAAAUUAAGCUUUUUUUGAUGAAAUUUCUUGAUACUCUACAGCUAGCUUUUAUUGUGUUUGUUUCUAAAUAAUAUUAUAUCUAAAUUAAAAGAAAUCAGAUUGAUCAGAUUUUUUUUUCAAGGCAUCUCUAAAAUAUCAAGGAUACAAUUUACAAGUAAUUGAUUGAAAAUGACAAUAAGUUUAAAAAUUAAAGAUUGCAAAUUCAUUGCAAAUUUUUAUUAAAAAAAUAACUAAUUUACAAAGACUUGUUUAGAAUCUAAUCAAUCGAUUAAAACCAAUAAAUCAUUAAUAAUAGAAUAUUAGAAAUAUAAUUUAGAGUUCUAUUAAUUUUAUUUGGAUUGAAGUGGAAGACCAUUAAAAAGAUAAUUAGAAACUCAAUCAUCGAAUUUAAUCAUAUACUUGCUUAAAAUAUUGAUGCAACCAAUUUAUCUAAUAAGAUUAACAAAUAAUAAUAAACUGAGAUCUCGCUUUUUAGUAAUUACAUUAUUAUUUUGGCAUCAUUGAUAAGUAUUAUUUGA